CUCUUUUCGGGGGCCGCCAUUUAGCGGCCGGUUCUGGUGGAGCGGAUUCCAAGAUGCAGAUCUUUGUGAAGACCCUCACGGGGAAGACCAUCACCCUCGAGGUGGAGCCUUCUGAUACUAUUGAAAAUGUGAAGGCUAAGAUUCAGGACAAGGAAGGUAUUCCCCCUGAUCAGCAGCGGCUGAUUUUUGCUGGCAAACAGCUGGAAGAUGGCCGUACUCUGUCUGACUACAACAUACAGAAGGAAUCCACUCUUCAUCUUGUGCUGAGGCUUCGUGGUGGUGCCAAAAAGAGGAAGAAGAAGUCCUACACCACUGCCAAGAAAUGCAAGAGGCACAGGAAGAAGGUCAAGCUUUGUGUCCUCAAGUACUACAUGGUUGAUCCUAAUGGCAAAAUCACCCGUCUGCGCCGUGAGUGCCCUUCUGAGGAAUGUGGAGCUGGUGUUUUCAUGGGCAGUCACUUCAACAGACACUAUUGUGGCAAAUGUUGUCUGACCUACUGCUUCAACAAACCUGAAGAUGCAUAAAUAUGUACAUUUUUAGAAAAAUAAAGCCAUGAGCUGAACUU